AGCAUCAAUCGCAAAAGCAAAGCUAUACUGCGAGCUGCAAAUUAUGGAGGUUGAAAUAAAAUCCAAAGGGUGCGUUCGGCCUUCUUCACCAACACCUCAUCACCUAAAAACCUACAGAAUCUCUUUGUUAGAUCAGUUUCUCUCAUACAGUGACGUUCCUGUGAUUCUUUAUUAUCCCAACCAAAACCCAGAUCUUGCAAACGAUAUUGUCACCUCACAAAGAUCACUGCUACUAAAGCAGUCACUAUCUGAAACUCUAUCACGUUUUUACCCACUUGCUGGAAAGAUUAAGGGUCUUUCUAUUGAAUGUGACGAUGGAGGUGCAUAUUAUGUAGAGGCAAGAGCUAAUAUUGAUCUAUGUGACUAUCUCAACAAACCUGAUCUUGCAGUAAUGAAUAAGUUGCUGCCAAGAGAGGUUAGUUGGUACAGGCCAAUUCCUGGGUCUUAUACAGCAUCAAUACAAGAAAACACCUUUGCUUGCGGUGGCAUUGCUAUUGGUGUACUUAUUUCACACAAGAUCAUGGAUGGAGCUGCUUUGGCUUCAUUUCUGAAAGAUUGGGCUGCCACAGCAAGCAAGUCUAGUAAAUAAGAUAGCCCACUUAUAUUUCCACAAUAUAAUGCAUUCCCAAAAAAGGCGAGUAUAUAUGCUCUUAUUGACCCUCUCUCUAGCACAGGGAAGCUUGCUACGACGAGGUUUGUGCUUGAUACAUCAGCGAUUGCAAGUCUUAAAGCAGAUGCAGUCAGGUCGGGUAUGGAAAAUCCUACGCGCGUUGAGGUAGUAUCUGCACUUCUCAGCAAAUGCAUCAUGGCUGUGCUCAUUGCAAGAUCACGUACAAACGAUAAGCCAAUUGCAUUCACGCAUAUGGUGAACUUGCGACGAAGAGUCACGCUACCGUUCCCAGAAAUUUCAAUGGGGAACUUUCUUUGGUUGGCACCUGCACUAUGCAAAACUAAGCUGACCGAACUAACUAGCUUUGCACGCCAAAUAAGGGAAGCAAUAUGGAACAUUGACAAAGGGUUUUGAAGAAUUACAAGGUGACGGAGCAUUCUUCAAGUGCAUGAGAAGGUUAAGGAGAUGGGUAAUGUACUUUCCAGCCCAGCACUUCCUAAUGGAGUGGAUUAUGUUGGAAUUAGCAGUUGGUGGAACUUUGGUCUUUAUGAUAUUGAUUUUGGAUGGGGAAAGCCUAUGUGGGAUACUUAUGCUGCUUUAUCAGGUAAUUUGAUCACUCAAUUCAUGAAACUUUUCAUUCUUAUGGAUGCAAGAAUGAAGAAAGGAAUAGAAGCAUGGGUUUUCUUGGAUGAACAAGAUAUAGCUGUAUUGGGAAAAGACAAGGAGCUCCUUGCAUAUGCUUCCCUUAAUCCAAGUCCUUUCGAACUGAGCAUGCAUGCUUGAUUCUCAAUUUCUCAUUCAUGAUUAAUUCUUUUUGCAUUUUGCUACAUUUUUUUCCCACAAGAUGGUGCUCUUUUACGUUGUUAAUGUUGGAGUUGUAAAUUGUAUAAUGUGUUUGACUGAAGAGUGGUGUCUACAUUUUCUUUUACAAAUUUUGAAGUUAUAAAAUAAAUCCUUAAAACCGAGUUUUGACCCAAGGACGAUACAUUUGUCCAUGAAUCUGGAUGGAGUGCCGGCCAUGGACUCUGCAAUCUCGGAUCACAUGUGCUAUAUGGAAGAACUUCAGUAGCAGCCUUAUACAAGAUUUAGUGUAAA